GCAAGUACGGGGUAGCCAACAUCCGCCAGACCCGCUUCUAGGGCCGCUUUUGCAACUGCGCAUGCGCUUGGGCUGCGCCCAUUCCCUCUUGUCCAAAAGGUUCCUCUACAUCCUUCCCCCGGAUUGGUCCUUAGGGACAUGAUGGCCUUUUACGCAAGCGUCGCCCCUGCUGACCCGGAAGUUUUCUUCCCAGUUAAAAGCGUUGGCCCGCGGCGGCCGGCCUUUUCCUGUCUGUGCCAGGGCGGCGCGUGGUCUUCCGUGAGCGACAGAGACGCUCAGGCUGUGUUCUCAGGAUGACCGAGUGGGAGACAGCGGCACCAGCUGUGGCAGAGACCCCGGACAUCAAGCUCUUUGGGAAGUGGAGCACCGAUGAUGUGCAGAUCAAUGACAUUUCUCUACAGGAUUACAUAGCAGUGAAGGAGAAGUAUGCCAAGUACCUGCCUCACAGUGCAGGGCGGUAUGCCGCCAAACGCUUCCGCAAAGCUCAGUGUCCCAUUGUGGAGCGCCUCACUAACUCCAUGAUGAUGCACGGCCGCAACAAUGGCAAGAAGCUGAUGACUGUGCGCAUCGUCAAGCAUGCCUUCGAGAUCAUACACCUGCUCACAGGCGAGAACCCUCUGCAGGUCCUGGUGAACGCCAUCAUCAACAGUGGUCCCCGGGAGGACUCCACCCGCAUUGGACGUGCCGGGACUGUGAGACGACAGGCUGUGGACGUGUCCCCACUGCGCCGUGUGAAUCAGGUGAGCCUGGGGCUUACGCACGUGGCAGGGUGGACACAGCCGUGGGAGUGGGUGGGGUCUUCCCUGGGGCAGGAAGGCUUGUCUCUGCCUACAUGUUUUACCUGCAGCAUCACUUCCUCUAGGAAGCCUUCCUGGAUUCCCACCCUGCAUAGGGGCAGAUCCAGGCUCUGGGUCCUCUUCUGGACCACAUUUCGCAGAGGUCUUUCCUUUGGGUGUAUAUUUUUACACUGUGUGUGUAUAUUUACUUUUUUCUUUUUUUUUUUUGGAUAGUUUGAGAAUCAGUUGCAGAUACUCCGAUUGUGUUUCCCCUGAACACAGCACGUGUUUUAACAAAGAUGACCUACUCGCAUCGUCACCCCCAGGAACAAAUUUAACAGUAAUAGAAUAGUCAAAUCAGUCAUUGUUGCAUUUAGCAUCUGUGCCCAGAAUGCCCUUUAUAGUGGCUCAUUGUCAAUCGGGUC